AUGGAGCAUCUUCGUUAUUUGGAAAGUCAAUUUUUGAACGAAAAUUUGGCCGACAUUGAUUUCAUCAUCGAAACUGACGUGGGAACGGUAAAAAUUCCAUCGCACAAAGUAAUUCUAUCAUCAGGCAGUUGGCAAUUUUCGAAGCGCUUCACCGAUUGCGUUGAUUUGAAGAAAAUCGAAAUUUUCAACUCAACAAAAUCAUCGUUUGAAGAGUUUUUGUUCACAUUCUAUUCGUCGAGUCCGGAGAAAAAUUUCACCAUCGAAAAUGCAGCCAAAGUAUUGACGUUGGCGAAAACGUUCGAAGUUGGCCACUGUAUUAAGGCGUCCGAACGAUUUUUGAUCAAAAACCUGCCAUUGAAUCAAAUUUGUUUCGGCUAUUGUUUGGCCAUUGAAUUUGGGCUGGCCGAUUUGAAAAUUCAUUGCUUCAAGCAAAUCAACGAGAAGAAACAUGAGGUGUUUAAGACGCAAUCAUUUUUUGCAUGCGAUCAAGAUGCACUCAACGACAUUUUGGAGAAUGUGACGAUUAAAAACGAUGAUGAAAUCACAAUGGUAUGGAAUGCAUGCAUGAAUUGGGCUGAAAAACAGUGCAUUAUGCGGUCGAUUGAUGCAUCCGAUAUGGGACAGCGCCGAGAAUUGUUGGGCAAGUGUUUUAACCGAAUGCAAUUGCUUGCCGCAAAAAAUGAUGAAUUUUUGAAGAGCACCAUGGAAAAUAGCAAAGAGCUAUUCGAUGAUGAUACAAAACAAGUCGAGCUGUCAUCACCAUUGGUUACCAGCCAGCACCUUGAUAAUUCAUUGGACUGCUGCAACAGUAUGUUUUAUACAUGUGUAAAGGAAGAUGUCAACCAAAUUGAAAGCGAUGAGUUGAUUUUUGAUCGCUUCCGGGAAACGAUUUUGUCUCCGCAGGCAUGCUAUGCAGAUGUGCCAAUUUCCAUUGAAUUUCAAUCGACAAAAGAGGUGGCAUUGAUUGGUAUGGCAUUUUCGACGGUAACUGGUGCACCAAAAGGUAAAAUCACGAUUUUACAGACGGAUGCCGGUAGAAUGAUUGCUGAACAACAAAUCCAAUACAGCAAUGUAUUUCGUCACGAGCCGAAAAACUUUAUUUCGAUUGAAAACGUCAUUUUGGAACCAGAGACAUCUUACACCAUCAAAAUCGAAUUUGCCAAAGACAUUAUAUAUCGAUCCAGUCGUCGCAUUUCAAAUCAAUAUCACACAGACGAUUUUACAGUGUCGAUCAAGGCCGCGCGACGUGACAUUUUUUCGCACUUCGUCUUCAGCGAAUGCUUUUAA